AGUAUGACGGGUCCGGCCGCAGACCCUGUCGAAGAGGUCGCUGUGAUCAACUGCUGCUUCGUCGAAGAACAAGACGAGCUCGAACUCGCGCGGCUCACGACAUGCCGUGUCAUGAUGCGUGAGACAGAAGAAGAGGGAGCCAUCUCGCGGGAUAGAGGGAUAGGGACUGGCGUCGACAGCACAUCCGCCUGCUCUGCGUGUGUACAUCCGGCCUAUCACACCCCAGUACGUUUCGACCCGGUUCGCCGUCGCCGCCAACCUCGUCAUUGGGUGUCGUCAUACUAUAUCACUCACACCAUACGAGCUACAUGUCUUGCGGAAGGCUGCAGAAUCUGCCCCGCGUCGACGAUGGCAUCGAGUUCCCUCGUCAGCAAGGCUAGAGGGUCCCGAUAUGCUUGACAGCCACAGAAUAUUGAACAAUAUUACGCCGAUCGAGUUUGCUGGAUGGCUAACUCACCGCUGUUCAGUCUUCCGAGCUUGGAACAACAAGCGACGCCGUCAACGACGGGCCGCAUCAAACCUCACUGAACCUCCUUCACUUAGCGGGGGAGUACGGCGGCGUAGGUUAUUGAGUGGCCUAUACGUCGUGAUGACAGGACCUAGUAACAGGGAUAAUGGGGACAUAG